CUCACAAUAGAUAAAAGGCGAUAGGGCAGAGUACAAGAACUUUUAGUAGUCACAUACUUUAAAACAGCAACAAGAUGAAGAUCUGUAUUGUAUUUAUCGCUGUUUGUAUUGUUCUUUGUAAGGGUUUCAUUUUUGAUUCCUGCACAAAAGAUUCUGACUGUACAAAUGGGUGUUGUGUAUCAGCUACUUUUGGCCACCAUUGUAAUCAUAAUUUUUUAGCUCUCCAUGCGCAAUGUCAUCUUAGUAAUAAAGAAUACACAACAUGUGGUUGUGGACCAGGUUUAGUUUGCAAAGAUCAUGUCGAGGGGUCUCAAAUUGCUAUUGAAACACGGCCUGGUGUUGGAUAUUGCGAGACUGGAAACAAAACAGUAUCAUCUGGAGGGGCUAUAGCAACAGAAGGUUAAGCCAAACGUGCAUUAAACAUAUAUAUACAUUUUAAAUUGAUGUUGUUUUUAUAUUGAAUAUUACUCAUUAAAAAUUUCAAUUUA